AUGGAAAAAACCCAACAGGUAAUUGGCGGCGGAGUCGUCGGCCUCGCGAUUGCCCGCCAGCUCGCCGCACGACAAGGCACGAGCACGAUCUUACUCGAGAAACACGAUGCCGUAGGCACGGAAACGAGUAGUCGCAAUUCAGAGGUCAUUCAUGCGGGCAUCUACUMCCCCGCCGACUCGCUCAAAMCCCGCCUCUGUAUCGACGGCAAGAACAAAUUAUACGCCUACUGCGCCGAGAAACAAAUUCCACACAAAAACACGAAGAAAUGGAUCGUUGCCCAGAACGAUGUCGAAUGGGAGGCCUGCCUGAACGUGCAUGUGCAUGCACAAAAGAUCGGUGUUCCGACUCGAUUUUUGAGUCAAGACGAAGCGCAGCGUAUAGAGCCUGACGUUCGCGCUGAGGCAGGGAUAGUUGAGUCCCCCACGACAGGGAUCGUGGAUGUUCAUUCACUAAUGGCCUGUCUUGAAGGCGAUUUUGAGAAUUUGGGAGGAGACAUUGCAUUUCAGACGGAAGUAACGCGCAUUGAUCCGAUCGAUAAUGGGAAAGGCGGAUAUAAGAUUUUCGCAUCUUCGCCAGGACAGGAAGAAGAAUCAUCGAUAACGGCAGAAACGAUCAUCAACUCUGCUGGACUUUAUGCGUGUCAUAUAAGUAACAUGAUCCUUCCGCCUUCACUACAUCGACAGCCCUUCUACGCCAAGGGGACAUAUUUCUCCUACGGCGCCUCUCGACCUAAACCAUCAACACUAAUCUACCCUGCCCCCGUACCGGGUCAUGGCGGUCUAGGAACGCAUUUGACGCUAGACAUGGGUAACAGAAUCCGCUUCGGUCCAGAUGUAGAAUGGACCACCGACCCGACAGACUACAAACCGUCUCCAGCACGCCUCGAGCAAGCCCUGCCCGAGAUUCGACGCUACUUACCUGCUAUCGACGUCGAUGCUAUAGAGAUUGAUUAUUGCGGUAUUAGACCGAAAUUAGGCCAGGGAAGCGCCAAUACGGCGGGAAAGGGGKUUCAGGAUUUUGUGAUUGAUAAGGAAUAUGGGUUUGAGGGGUUUGUGAACUUGUUGGGGAUUGAGUCUCCGGGAUUGACUAGUUCGUUGGCAAUUGGGGAGAUGGUGGAGGGGUUGUUAUAUCGAUAG